CAAACCUUGCUUCACAUGAGCCUUUUUCACCGCUUGGUCUAGACCGUCCCGGUGUUUAAAUCAUUGUUGAUAUCCUUGGGCCCUGAUCCCUUCGUCCCAAACUAUUUCCCCUUCUAUUUUCUGCAGGUUGAAGUCAUUUCCAUUUCCGUCCAGACAUCAGCAAUCAGCCCCACCUUCGCGUACCAUAUUUCAAGCUUCCCCCCGCACUCAAGAGACGUGACACACGUUUGGAUUGGAUCUUUGAGCGACACAUACCACCAUCAUGUCUGUGCCAACCUCUGCUACCAGCGAGCUGCCAUCGCGCAGUCUGACGAAUCGAUCUGUCGACGAAGACGCCGUUCCAGGAGAAGACACCUCCGAGGUCACCAAGCUCUUCGCUGAGCGAUUGCAAGCAUGGAAGCAUGCCGUCGCCUAUCUCGAGGACUAUGUUACGGCAACAGAGAAGACGAAUCACGCCCACGGCAAGGAGUACGAGAGAGUGCUGAAAACCGUCAAAGACCCACUGAAGGAAGGCCACCACUUCGACCAAUCGCUGGGUGGUAUCGCCGGCAUGUUCGAAAACAUCAGGUCUAAUACGCAGAGCAUCUCGAACCAACACUACGAAACCGCCAAGCAACUAAAAGGCGCUAUCCUUCCCAUCUUCGAUCGCCUACACACCGAGAUCAAGAACAAGAGCAAAGAGCUCACCAAAGGAGCUGGCAAGGGUAGCAAGGCCGUGGACAGGUCUCGAGCGCACACCCAGAAGCACAUUGAGUUGCUUGGUCAAUACACCGCAACCUACGACUCGCAUGGCGGUAACUUGAAGGCUACGGAUGAUCCCUACAUUCUCCAACGUGGUGUCAUGCACCGCCUAAACAAGCAGGUCCAGGAAGAGAACAACAACCGACAGGACCUGAUUAGCGUCCAGAACUCAUUCGCACAGUUCGAAGCGCAUAUUAUCCAAACAGUCCAGCAUGGGCUGGCUCAGUUUAUGCAAGUCAUCAACACACAGGCCGAGCAUACCAAAGCUGCAUAUGGAGACAUGGUGGGAACCUCGCAGCGCGUUCCUUUGGACUUUGAGUGGAACGGCUUCAUCCAGCGCAACAAUACCGUCCUCAUCGACCCCUCCGCGCCCGCUCGAACCAUCUCGCAGAUCAGCUUUCCCAACCAAAACCAUCGCGCUACUAAGCCGCUCAUCUCCGGCUCACUUGAGCGCAAAGGCAAGAUCAUGCGGUCUUACGAUACCAACUACUAUGUCAUUACCCCAGCCAAGUUCCUACACGAGUUCAAAACCGACGACGAUUUCGCAAAGGACCCCGUACCCGAGUUGUCUCUAUACUUGCCUGACUGCGUCAUUGGUGCCGCCAACGGAGCCAAGUUCAACGUCAAGGGCAAAGACGUGUCAAAGGGCAAGUUGGGUGGAGCUUUCUCUAUGAACCACGAGUUGCAAUUCAAGGCACAUACGCCACAAGCUGCGAACCAGUGGUGGGAGAUUAUUCGCCAAGCAGCGGGUACGGUUACGAAUGAUCUGCCUGAAGGGAGUGUGCCUACAAGCCCGGUCUCUGGGAAUAAUAGCCCCGGCGGUGCGACGCAGCCUGCGCCGCUUCAGACGCAGGGCCUACAGAAUACCGGCACAGCCACGACCGACCAUGCUCACACAGGUAGUGCUGUAACGCCAGGUAGCGCUGCUCCUACCAGUGCCACCCCGCACAGUGCUGUUCCUGGAGAGCCUGGAAAGUACUAGCGAGAUACUACCAUGCGAAGUGAGCCCGAGGUGAACCUGAAUUUCGGCUUCUUGUAAUGGUGGUCGGAGAGUGCAUCUUGAAAUUGUGGAUUCCUCUGCACCCCUUUUUGGUCUCAACCCCCAACAUACCCCUAAUAAUGAUACCAUAUGUUGCACUCUUCCCUUUAAAUAGAUGAAUCCUGAUACCUUCUUCUUCAAUCCUGCA